AUGUGUAGUGCGCAGGACUCUGGCAUGAGCAUGGCGAGCGUGAGGAUGGUGACCCGGAGCCGGAGCCAGGGCCCGGGGGCCGGGCCGCGGGGGGGUGGGGAGGAGGCUGCGCCGCUCCGGAGGGGAGAGGCGGCUGCAGAAGAAAAGAAAAGCCACAACCCCACAAAGCGUCAGCGGAAGACACAGAAACUGAGUGUCACCUACGAAGCCUCAGAUCAUGAGAAAGGAGAAGGCGCCAAACCCCCAGAGGCACCAGGCUGGGAGCCCCGGGACUGGCAGCAGCAGCUGGUGAACAUCCGUACCAUGAGAAGUGGGAAGGACGCGCCUGUGGACCAGCUGGGGGCUGAGCACUGCUAUGACCCCAGUGCACCCCCAAAGGUGCGGAGGUACCAGGUGCUGCUGUCACUGAUGCUCUCCAGCCAAACCAAAGACCAGGUAACAGCAGGUGCCAUGCAGCGGCUGCGCGCUCGGGGCCUGACAGUGGACAGCAUCCUGCAGACAGAUGACAGCACGCUGGGCACACUCAUCUACCCCGUAGGCUUCUGGAGGAGCAAGGUCAAGUACAUCAAGCAGACCAGUGCCAUCCUGCAGCAGCGCUAUGGCGGGGACAUCCCAGCUUCUGUGGCAGAACUGGUGGCACUGCCGGGCGUUGGGCCCAAGAUGGCACACUUGGCCAUGGCAGUGGCCUGGGGCACCGUGUCUGGCAUCGCGGUGGACACGCACGUGCACAGAAUCGCCAACAGACUCGGGUGGACCAAGACAGCGACCAAGUCCCCGGAGAAGACUCGUGCGGCGCUGGAAGCCUGGUUGCCCCGGGAGCUGUGGAGUGAGAUCAACGGACUGUUGGUGGGCUUCGGCCAGCAGACGUGUCUGCCCGUCCACCCGCAAUGCCAGGCCUGCCUCAACCGAAGCCUGUGCCCGGCCGCACGCAGCCUCUGUGGGCCGUGA